AUGGCUCAGCGACGCAUUGGUAGGCUGCUUAGCGACAUCUUAACACCAGAAGUCAAGCAAGCACUAGACUCGCUCAACGCCUCUGGCCCACUCUCCUGCAUCAUUGUCGGCAUCGAGAGCCACAUCUGUGUCACUCAGACCACACUCGAUCUCCUCCGGGCCGGACACCAAGUCUAUGUCAUUGCUGAUGGCGUAAGCUCGUGUAACAAAGAAGAGGUGCCGAUCGCUUUGGCAAGGCUACGCCAUGAAGGUGCCGUGGUGACCACUAGUGAGAGCUUCAUGUACGAAUACGUUGGGGACGCUAGUACACCCGAAUUCAAAGACAUCAUCAAGGUAGUCAAAGAGACGUCGCAAAGCACAAAAGAGGCAAUGCAGACGCUUUGUAAAAUCUGA